CCCACACCUAUGAUUGAAUGUUGAUGAUAUCCAUAUAAAAGUGCCUCCACGUGGCAUCAAUUCCAUUAUCCGUUAUCUACUAGCUCUAGCAGCUCUCCUUUCAUGCUGCCCACUGGUGCUGAGAUCAAAUUCAAUCUGCGCAAAGAAUAAGAAGAAACUCUUUAAUUUUUUUCAAUCUUCUUAGCCUCUGUCUCAUAUUUCAGCUUCAAUCCCCAAAACCAUGGAGACUGGCAUCACGUGCUGCUCACGUGCAUCCAUCCUUCCAAGCCUUUCUUCCCAACAUGCAGCUGCACUAGCUACUCCCAGACCCAUUUCUCAAUCUUUCACCCAUAACAGGGUAUGCUAUAGUGUGAAACCGAGUUCAUUUUGGGGGGAGUGUUUGCGUAUACCGCCUAAAUCGUCUCAAAAGGUGUCAAGGACAAAGAGCACUUCUUCCUCAGCGACCAGAUGUGAAUUAGGUGACAGCCUGGAAGAGUUUCUCAUGAAAUCAACCAAAGAUAAGGGGCUGAUCAGGCUAAUGUUGUGUAUGGGGGAAGCACUUAGAACAAUUGCCUUUAAAGUCCGGACGGCUUCUUGUGGAGGAACAGCUUGUGUGAAUUCAUUUGGGGAUGAGCAGCUAGCUGUUGAUUUGCUUGCUAAUAAAAUCCUCUUUGAGGCCUUGACAUAUUCACACUUCUGCAAAUAUGCUUGUUCUGAAGAAGUCCCAGAGCUUCAGGAUAUGGGAGGACCAACUGAGGGUGGAUUCAGUGUUGCUUUUGAUCCACUUGAUGGUUCAAGCAUCGUGGACACGAACUUCACAGUAGGGACCAUCUUUGGCGUGUGGCCCGGGGAUAAGUUAACCGGUGUUAAAGGGAAAGAUCAAGUUGCAGCUGCAAUGGGGAUCUUCGGACCUCGCACUACCUACGUUCUUGCUCUCAAUGAUGUUCCUGGAACACAUGAAUUCCUCCUCCUAGAUGACGGGAAAUGGCAACAUGUCAAGGACACAACAGAGAUUGGUGAAGGGAAAAUUUUCUCACCUGGGAACUUGAGAGCCACUUCUGACAAUCCUGACUACUCUAAGCUGAUAAACUACUAUGUGAAGGAGAAAUACACCCUUAGAUACACGGGAGGAAUGGUGCCCGAUGUAAACCAGAUAAUUGUCAAAGAGAAGGGUAUAUUCACUAAUGUGGCAUCUCCAUCAGCGAAAGCCAAGCUGAGAUUGCUUUUCGAAGUGGCGCCUUUGGGAUUCUUGAUAGAGAAGGCAGGAGGGUAUAGCAGCGAUGGGAAGGAUUCUGUGCUUGAGAAGGUGAUCACAAGUCUUGAUGAUCGGACUCAGGUAGCCUAUGGUUCCAGAAAUGAGAUUAUUCGGUUUGAGGAGACACUCUAUGGAUCCUCCAGGCUUAAUAAGAUUGCUGCUGCUGAAACAGUUGGAACUACUGCUGCUUAAUUAUAAGAACAAAUAAUAUUACGUAAUUACUUUGUAAAUUAAUACUCUCACUACUAUAAUCUGUAAAUUAAUACUCCCAAUACUCAGAAUGCUUUGUUUUGUAGGCAUGUGAAUGCAGAUAUUCAAUUUAGACCGUGGUGGGUUAUGCUUUCAAGUCAGGCCAACCCACACUUCAUGCAACUUUUAAGUUUACAGUUUGACUUUUACAGUCUCUUAAACAACAUUCAAUAUUACUUUAAAAAUAAA